AUGCCGUCUUCAAGCUCCAGAUCCAAGCCAAAGCCAUCGGAGGUCGCCUCAGAGGCCAAGCGACAUUACAUACCUCUGAUCAGGACACAGUAUGCCUCGAUCUGGGCAACCAGCUCAUACAUGAUUCACCACCCCCUACAACAGAUUACCUUUCUCGACAGGCCACUCGAUGUUACACCUCCUGUUUUCUGCGUGACUGUCGGGGAUCCUGUCGACUUCGCGAUCGGAUGGGGGGAAGGAACACAGUCGCCAGUGCCAUUCAUAUGCCCAGCCAAUGAUAGGCGCCCCGGAGGUGACUGGGACACGGGGGUUGUAGGCUAUGAGGAGCGCCUCUGCCGGCGAAGCACGCUUGCAGCAUGCUUGUCCACUCCAGAGGAUGGAUCUUCUGUCAACGGCCAUUAUCCGCUCCCCAUAUCCGCUGUGAUCGUCUCACGUGACGUUGUUGUGUUCCGUGGACCCCACGACACAUACGAUAAACGGGCCCCAGAUGCGUGGCGCGCGCUGCCUGUCGUGUCAGUGCCUCCGCCACGCUGGCCGAAGCUGACGCAGAACGGCACCAAGUAUUCAUUUGCCGACGAGCGCGAUAUGGUUAAGGAGAAGCUUCGUGGCGCGCUCCGCAUCUGUGCCUACAACAACUACAGCACCAUUGUCAUCGGAGACUUCGGUCUUGGCAACGGCUACCGCAAUCCGCCCCAAGAACUUGCUGAGCUGUGGCGGGAGGUGUUCCUCUACGACCCUGACCUGCGUGGCCGCAUCAAAAACGUGGCAUUCGUGUUUGAGGACCCGACCCAGAGCACGGCGCAGCUGAUACUGGACGACAUGGCUAAAAAGGCCAGGAGCAACGGCAGCAGUGCAUCAGGUAGAUCCAAGGCGAAGGGCAGCUCGUUGGGCUCGGCCUUGGGCUCGUCAGCAGCCAAGAUAUCCACCACCGACUACCAAAUCUUCAAGCAGGUGUUUGAUCACACCGAGGUGCAAAGAUUUCUUGGGCAGCCUGACCCGAGAUACGAACUGAGCACUCUAAUCGCCUGA